GUGUGUGUGACAGAAAGAAAGAGAGAGAGAGAGAUAUAGAGAGAGAGAGAAAAUGAACGAAGAAGCACAACUGCAGAAGUAACAGAGACUUUGAACGUCUGGCACACACAGAGUGUGAAAAUAAAAUAUCUUCAAAGAAGCAGCAGUAGUAAAAGAUUGAUAAAACACUUCAUAAAAAGUAACACGAAAAGGAAGGGGAUGCUGAGAUUAAGAAAUAGUGAAUGGCAGAUCUCUUAAGAAGAAUCACAUAUGAAGUGAUUACCCAUCUUCAAAAACAACAUAUUUUUGGAUGGAGACAAAACAAACUAUUAAGAGAAGAAACAAAUUGCAUCAGAGGUUGUUUGAAGUCUACUUCCCAACAAUGUGUGAAACUGUAGUUUGAAGAGUUUGACUGAGGUCAGAAAAAAAGCCUUACCCACAAAUACACACAAAAACUCAUCUUAUUCUCUCUCUCAUGCUCUGUUUAAAGAAGUUUGCAAACUGCCAACAAAUUAGAUGGUGACAUUUUUAUCUUUGAAGUUGGUGCAAGGUGAUUGAUUUUGGAGCAAUGUUUCAAAGAGCGCAAUGCCUUGUGAACACCUUAUAAUAGCUUUCAACCAGGAAGGGCAGCAGCCUGUCCCAGAAGAAUUUGUUAACCAAGCUGGGACCUUAUGAUGUUCUGAUCUGUCACCUUGAAUAUUCUGGACUGAUGCAGAUAAUCUUAGUGCACUUCCACUGAUCAAGAAAUGGGGCAAGAGCUGGGCUUUGCCCCACUGGAUCUAACAGUCAAUACUCAUUGCAAAGCUGGGCAUAGAAACAAAAGAGAAAGAGACCUGGGCAUUGAAAGAAGGGCAGUUGUGGUGGAACAUAUGGUAGCUGGGAGUGGCAGAGCUGAAGACAUUGAGCAGCAUACCGUCUGUGCACCUAAGCAACUAAAACCUGUCUGCAAUGACAAGGCACUGCAAGCAGGUAAAGCUGCUGAAUGCGGUAUUUUGAGUAAGGUCGGUCCCAUUACUAAAGAGCCAUGUUACGACUAUUCCCAAAGACUAAACUCAUGUGAGAAGAAGCAAACAGAAAGUAGAACCAGUCAGAACUUGUGCCCAUCUGAGGGUAGCAUAGGAGGAAGACUCUUGCCACAGCCAAAUAGGGAAAUUGACCCUUGUGAUGGACAGCAAAAGAGCAAGGAACAGGGGACGCCAGGCCUGAAUGACACACUUUGUCCAGUGAAAAAAAUGGGCUCUCCCAGUGAAAGGAAUGGCUCAUCUCCUACUGCCACAAUAGGGAAAGUAAGGAGAAGCCCUUUAUGCAUGGUAUCAGCAGGCAUUGGUACUGAAGAACAAACUGGGUUAGAUGUUUCCUCUGAUCAGGAACAGCAGGAUGACAGUAGUGCAAGAGAUACAAAAGAGCAUCCAAGAGACCCCCACUCUCUGCCACUUCGGAAAAGACGAUAUAUAGAGCCCAAGGAGAUGCAUAUAUCAUCUCCUAAAAGGGAGAACUAUAACAAUCCCACUGAAAAUGGACCACUGCAUAAAAUCAAAAAGGAGGACCCUACUAUAUCAGCUGUUCUAGAACAACAGCAUAUUCCUGAUGGAACUACUUUGGUAAAUGGGCACCCCCAAGUGGAGAGACCCUUAGCCCAGUAUUCGCGGUCACUCACUCAGGACAGCUCUUGGAUACCAGGCUACUAUGCAGCAGGUAUUCCUACUCAGUAUUUGACAAUCCCAGUGUACCCUGCCCAGACCUUCCCAACAUUCUCAUACAAUCCUGUGCAAUUUCCUCUGUCACCUGGAAUGGGGCAUCACCUGGCAUCUGACUGUGCUAAGGCCAUAAUGCAAGAUGAGGAUGGUGACACGCCUCUUCAUAUUGCUGUGGUGCAGUGUAAUUUCUUGGCGGUACAAAAGCUAAUCACUCUCUUUCAUAUUGCCCAAAAGGAACUUGACAUUUUUAACAACCUCAGACAGACUCCACUGCACCUGUCAGUCAUUACGAAGCAGCCAUCUCUCACUGGCGUCCUACUGUCCAAUGGAGCAUCCCCAAUGACAUCAGACCGAAAUGGACAGACAGCCAUCCACCUGGCCUGUGAACAUCACAGCACUGAAUGCCUUCAAAAAAUUAUGGAGCAUUCCUCUAGUUGUGUGGACUUGGAGAAAACAAAUUUUGAAGGUUUUUCUCCUCUUCAUGUUUCAGUCAACAGUGGAAACAAAGAAAUUGUGAAUCUCUUACUUGAGCAUGGAGCCAGAAUUGAUGUCGUGGAUAGUAAAAGUGGAAGAACCCCUCUAAUUCAUGCGGUUGAAAAGGAUGAUCUAGAAAUGGUGAACUUGUUGAUCGAGCAUUCAGCAAAUGUAAAUCUGCAAACUUUCUCUGGAAACACUGCUUUGCACUCAGCCAGUGGAAGAGGCUUACUGGAUAUUGUCCGAGUUCUUCUGAAGAAUGGAGCUGAUACCAGCAUUAAGAAUUAUCACAAUGACACACCUCAAAUGGUAGCAAAGAACAGAAAGGUUACAGAUAUCUUGCGAGGGAAAGCUAGCAAGUCCAUUCAACAACAAAACUUACAGCUUAAAAUUCCUGAAAUCCGAAAGGACUCUUCUCCACCAGCAGCCAGUAACUGCAGUUCACCAAGUAACAUGCUAACACCUACCAGUUUUGGCUGCCAGUCCCCAAAUUCUGGCCAACAUCAGUCUCCCCUUACUUCUUAUUUGACCUUGCCUGGUACCUCCAGCCCUCCAAGGUCAUCAUCUAACCAGUCAUGUGACAGCAGGUCAUCCCAAGGUCAAAGAUCACCAGUAAUGGCUGUUGGUGAGAAAGCAAGGACAUCACAAGAAAUGAUGGAUUCUUCCAGACUAAUCAACAUGAGAUCUACUAAUGGUUUCUCUUGCCACAGUUCAACAGCAGGUGCACUUGUCCCUUCACAUUUACUAUAUUCAGAUACAAAGCUGGACAGGCCACCACUUCAUGUAGCUCCCCCUCUACAGCAAUUAAACUACCCAAUCCCAGAUUACCCUGGAGGGUAUUACCCUCAUCCAUUCUGGUAUGAUGGUAGCAACAGACUGCAGAUGGAGCAUACCGGACUGACACAUCAAGUACCCUGCACCACUUCAGGGAGAGCCUUUGUUCCAGUACAUGCAGAAAACUCUUCUGUUCCUCAUCCCUUUAUACCAGUGACUUCUGUGAAGAAACCUUUCUCAACCAGCAAAGAUUCUGACCAAAGACCAUUGGCUCACACACAUUUUGCACAGUUGUCUCAUAAAGACAAACCGACAGGAUCAUCUGUUAGGAACAAUGAGCAUUUACAGACUUCUUUGGAAAGCAGGAAAAGCAGAGACAAAGAGGAAUAUCCCCAGUAGUGACCGAGACCAAAAUAUAACUCUUGUAUACCUUACUGCAUAGAUAUUUGUACACAUUUAUUUUAAAGGGGUACAGUGCAAAUGAAAUGAAAAGGACAUGUGAGCAAAUGUAAUGAAACAAUGCAAUCAGAUGUUUUCAUUUAUAUUAAUUUAUUAUGUCUUGAAACACCUUUUAUGCCUUGUACUUAAGGGGACCUGUUUAGAGUACUUUGCAUUGCUUCUAUUACAGAUGUCUGCCAUCUGAAUGAACUUUCCUUGUUGCUGUUAGUAGGCUUUAAAUCCUUACAAACCACAUAUAGAAAGUAUUAAACUAUCAGCAGAGUUAUUUUAUAUAAAUAUCUUAUGAUUCCGCAUUUUUAUGGAAUCUGGGAACAGUACAGAUUUUGAAUGUCUUGGAUUUUAGCCAAAACUAAUCCAUAUGUUCAGCAACAUAAGAAAUAAACUCAUUGAGACCUUGAGUGUUAUAUCUGAAAAUUUAAGAGCUUACACUUAAGAGUACUGUCUUUUGGGUCACAUAUAACAAAUAUAUGGACCCGGAAGUACUGAAGAUGUGGUUGUAGAAAAGUUUUGAAGCUGGCAUUUUAAAAAGAAAAAAGAUGUCAUAGUGCAACAAUACAGAGAUGAAAACAUUUUCUGAUCCUGAUGUAGAUAUUACAAAAGACAUACUUUGUCAUCACUGAGUUACUUUUUGUAGCCAUGUGGUCAAAUGAGCAUUUUGUAAUAAACAUAAACGUCUGAUAAAUGUUAAAAAGGAGAGAAUGGCACUAACCUUAAAAUAUAGUGUUAAUGAAACGUGCAGCUUUACCAAGCUAUAAGGCACUGUUCACUAAUAUUCUAAGCAUUGUGCAAUAGCAAGUGAUCUACAAACCAUGCCAUAGGAAGCGCCUUUUGGAGUACUGUAGAAUGGAACAAUUAAAGGAGGUUGUAAGCUGGUAUCUGAGGCCCUUCUAGCAAUGCCUAGAUUUCUGUAUGUGUGUGCUAUUCUUCUGUAAAUCUAUACUUGUACAAAAUGUUUGAAUGUUACACUUUCUGUUAUAAUACUUUUCCAGCAAACAACUGAUAACUUUCUAACUGUGAAACAAGCUUGCUGUUCCUUUAAAUGUUGCAUUUAUGACACAGCAUUCUAGGCCCUUGCGGUGAUGUAGAAGAUAUAGGGAGAGUGAGCUGGCUACUACUUCAAGGCCAUUUCCCACCAAAUACAUUUAAAAUGCAUAAACAUUUGCCAGUAGUGGCUGUGAUGAUGCUUUCUGUUGCUUUAGCCUCUGCUUGUCACAACUGGAAUCAGUUUAGGAAGUGAUACAGACUAAAUAACUGGGGAGCUCACAGCUAUUGUAAUCCCAGUUUCCCCAGGUAAGUAGUCAUAGGUAUCAGUGUUAAUAAAAUCUGUGUAUUUCAGAUCCUGCAGGCAGGAGUCACUUUGUAGUGGUGCAUGCAGUUUAGUCUAGGGACUGAGUGGUGGACUCUAGGGUGAAUGACUAAUCUGUAUCCCAAUGGGAUUUACUGUUAGUGCAGAAGUCAUUAAAUGUUAUGAUAUAAUGACCAUUACUUGUAUGAGUGCUGAGCAACUAGACUUCCUAUUGUUCCAAAAGUAGUUACUAUAGCUGAGAGACUAUUGCAUUUCAUACCUCCUCUAGAAAGGUGUCACUGUAGAUGUUCAUCACUGGAUCACUGCUUGGGUCAGCAGUUAACUGUAUGACCACUAGAGGAGUACACACUGAGAACUUCUGCAGUCACCAUAGGUAGUGCUGUAGAAUGAUAUUCAGUGGCACACUUACAGCUGCUUUAUCUGCUGUAGCAGUUUAGUUUGAAAAUAAGUAAUCACAGGUGCCAGAAAUAUUCCUUGGUACACUCUAGGAUCUGUUGUGUUGGACUCUGGAAUAUGCUCUUCUCACUGUAGGUAUUCCUGCUGGAUCCUUUUAAGUGGUAUACAUAUAGCUGAGAAUUGUUACAGUCUAGGUAAAUAAUGCUGUAGGACCACCAGCAGGGGUACAUUAACAACUAAGCUGUAAGUUACCUCUGUAGCCGUAUGCAGUCAUUGUGGGUAAUUCUCCUGCAUUACUCAAACUGGUGCAACAGCAGCAGCUAUAAUCAUUGCUGUACCUAGGAGUAGCUGUUAAAUACAUGGAGUAGCUGUGGGAAACAAGGCAUGCUGUCCUGCAUGUGUUUUGGUUAUAGAAUGUUUUGGCUUCAGCCAUGUAUAGAUGAAUUUAUAGCAAAGAGACAUCUGUAGAUUUGACAAUAUACAAAUCCUAGGAAACCCAUACUAUAGGUGGAGUGAGAUUACCCAGUUCCUACUAAUUAAUGGUUAAAUUACAAUUUAUGUGCACACAUAACAUUACUGGGGCUUACCUAGCACAUCAUCUGGUAGUUUGAAUUUAGAGAAUUAAUAAAUGCUACCAGGAUACACAUCAGAGUGGGGUUAAUGCAGUAAUAAAGUUCACCUUUUCCUGUCUUCACAUUGUAGCAACUUUCUGCAGUUGAACAGCAAGUAUCUCAGGGUUGUGGUCCUCUUUUGUAAUGAGGCCGUAAACCAUAAAAAUAACAUUUUAUCUCUGUUUAAGAUGUAACUUAUUUUUUUAAUUAGUUAAUUAAAGUAUUUUUAUAUUCUGCUAUCUCUUUGCUAUGUGUCUUCAUUCUCAAGUGAUGCAAAUUAUUUUUUGUUACUCUCCUUCUCAAUGGCUUCUGUGGACACAUGAUGGGAAACUGAAGAUCACUGAAGCUCUUCUUAUUGGUUAUUUAGAUACUUAGACCCAGAGUGGUAGUUUUGUUGUGGCAUCUUUCUACUGGGCAUUAGGAAACAAGAGAUCAUUUAGGUAAGGUUGCACUCCAUGCCUAAAAUUACAACCAUAUAAUUAAAGGUACCUAUCCUUUAAUUGUACAGUGGACACCAUCUUAAAUGUUAGUAUGCUUUCUAACAGUCUAAUACUUUGUGUGAUAGUAAACAAGUAUUUGGUUUGUCUACAGCCACAUCAUAACCACUUUUGUAUACCCAAAUGACAUCUGUACUUGUGUAGUCAGGCUACUCUCUGUAAAUUAUGAAAAAUGUUAAUCGUUUACAUCUACAUCAUAUGACCUGUCAAGAGUGUGCACCUAUGUAAAUAGUACAACAUAUUUAUUAAAACAUGAAGUAUGAAGUACUAAACAUACUGCCAAU